AUGUUUUUUUCUAAGUUAGUUAAGGAUUCCUUUCAUAAUUUCACAAACAAAAAAAUUAUACGUAGUUAUAAAACAAAUAAAAAUAUUAAUCUUGAUAAAUUGAUUAGAAAUAAAAAAAUAAAAAGUCAUGAACUUUAUAAAAUAGAAGAUAUAGAAAUAUUAUUACAAGAGAAACAUCAUGAUGUUUCCCAAACAUAUCCUACUAUUAACAAUACUAAUCAAAUUGUGGAUGUAAAGAAUAUUCCUGUUUUUAAAAAAAGUGAAAAUAAGUAUAACAUUUUAAAUAAAACAGCUCUUCAUUUUGGAGAUUUUUCAUAUUUAAGCGGUGACGCAAUAGUUAAUGGAACAAAUAAAAUAUUCGAAUUAACAAAAGAUGGGAUGGGAUAUGAUUGCUCGAGUAAUUUUUUAAAAGCAUGUGGAAAUAAAUUAUUUGAUGAAAUAAAAAUAAUUAGAGAAAAAAAUAUAGGAAAAAAUAUUUUAAUAACAAAAGGAUAUAAUAGUUCAUAUAAAUAUAUUAUACACGUGAUUGAACCAUAUUAUAAUCAAACAAGUAAAUUAAAAAAAUGUUAUGAAGAUGCAUUAUUAAUAGCUAAAGAAAAUGAUAUAAAAACAAUUGUUUUUCCAUUGAUUGGUAGUGGUAUAAGUUUAUUCAAAAAAUAUGAUGUUGUUGUGUGUUGUUUAGAAGGGAUUUAUGAAUUUAUAAAACAUAAAGAAAAUUUUAAUUUUAUUGACAAAAUUGUUAUUAGUACAAAUAUGGAUUCUUAUUGGAUACUUCUAAGAGAUUCCAUUCCACUUUAUUUAAAUGAAAAUACAUCAUAA